AUGGUUGCGAACGAUCAGUGUGGUGCGAUAGUCGUUGCCAUCCAAGACUUUCACCUCUUUGUUUUAUUCAUGGCCUGGUAUUUGCCAAAUAGCCAGUGCAUUUCACCAAGAAUCCCGCUUUCCUAUGCCUACAGUAACCCAGCGUUACCCAAUAACGGAGCACACGAAAUGGAGUUUUUACAAGCAAUAAAAUGUGGAAGAAUACUCCAAAGGGCGUCUAUUGAACUAGAGUCUACUUGCUGA